AUGUCGGGCGUCGCCGAGGUGCUGGCCCAGGAGGCGAACCGGCGCGCCGAGGAGGACUUCGCGGACCGGGAGCAGCGCAAGCGAAAGAACUACGAGUACCAGCUCCAGCAGAAGCAUGCCGCCAAGGCCAAGGCCGCGCAGGCCCGGGGCGAGCGCCACAUCGAGAUGCGCAUCUCCGGCGGCGUCCAGCGCGUCGACGAGGACGCGUGGAAGGAGUUCUACGACCACGCGGCCGUGAAGCCCAUCAUGGAGACGCUGACGCGCCUCGUGCGCGAGAAGCUCUUCAAGAUGCGCGACGACACCACCGCCCAAAUCGAGCGCAUGUGCGGCGCGCAGAUGCGGCGCGCGGGCCCGGGCGGGACGCAACAUAGCGCGGGCAUGGCGCAGCCCGAGGGCAUGUUCGAGGAAAUCUUCGAGAAGAACAUGAUGGCCCACGUCGAGCUCUACCAGGGGCGCCAGGGCGUGCUCCAGGCCGAGAUCGACGCGAUGCGGGCCCGCGAGACGCACGCCGCCGUCGACGACGAGCUCAAGGCGUGCCUCGCGCACUACGCCGCCGAGUACCACGAGGGCGAGGAGGUGCGCGUGCGCGAAGGCGCCUUCACGGACCUCGGCGCGCUGCUCCACCCGCUCAUGAAGACCGUGCUCAAGCACCCCGCGGUCCGCGCGCAGGACUACUUCGACGACGACUGGGGCGAGGACGAGGAGCUGAAGGAGGCCCACCACCAGACCAUGGUCGAGUCCUUCCACCACUGCCUGCUGGACGAGAUGCUCCAGAUCUUCUCGCGGCCCAACGAGGCCGGCGAGGAGCGGCGCAGGAAGAAGGCGCCGCCGAAGCCCAAGGAGCGGAAGCUCGACGACGAGACGCGGCGCCGCGUCGACGCGAUGAUCCACCACCACGCGCCGUCCAUCCGGAAGCUGCUCGACGACUACUUCGGGAUCCUCUACAAGUCGACGCGCCAGCAGUUCCUCCGGCAGAAGAACAACGGCGACCCCUUCGCGUCGACGAAGGACCCGUCGAAGGCGCGGCGCGUGCGGAACAUGCUCUUCCGGAAGACGCUGGACCCGACGCGCUACUUCGACUCGCGCUGGGGCGCCAUCGACGACGAGGCGGCCGAGCGGCUCAUCACCGCGGCGGCCGCGAAGCCCGAGUACGAGCGGCUCCGCGACGACCUGGUCGUCGCGGUGUUGGACUGCGACAAGAAGGGCGAGCCCGACGCGAAGAUGGUGCUGCGGCUCCUCUUCCACCUCGCGUCCCACGACCGGAGCAUCAUCGAGAUGUCCUGGUUCGAGGACCAGAGCGGCCACCCGUGGCCGCGGCCGCCGGGCGAGGCCCAGGCCGCCGCGCGCCUCGACGUCGCGACGCGCACGAUGCGCGAGGUCGCGCUGCGCGUCGCGCGCGAGCUCGGCUACGCCGAGGCCGGCGACGGCGACAAGCUGUGCGACAAGUUCAAGUUCGGCGAGGCCAUCGCGCCCGCGGACGACGCGCCCGCACCGCCGGCGGCGCCGACGACGCAGGACCUCAAGCUCAAGGACGCCAUCGAGCGGUCCGAGUUCUCGACGCCCGUCUCCGACGAGCCGCCGUCCGUGUGGGCCUCCGACGACACCGCGCCGGCGAGGGCGCCCGCGAAGGCGCGCGCGGCCGCGGGGGAGGCCGCGCCGGCGCCGCCGGGCGGCGUGUCGCAGGCGGCGACGGACGCGCACCACAAGUCGCUGUCCUUCGCGCCCGCGAGGCUCUCGUCGCCGCGGCCCGCGGCGAAGCCGCCGCCGCCGCCGCCGCCGCCCAAGGAGGAGAAGAAGAAGAGGCUCGCGCCGAGGCCCGUGGCCCGGGAGCCGCCGGCGCCCGUGCCCGUGCCCGUGCGCGUCGACGCCGGCCCCCGGCCCCCGAGGCCGCCGCCGUGCGCCGAGGCCGUCCCCGCCGUCACCACGUACGCCUGGGACCAGAGCGGCAAGUUCGUGCGCGUCUACGUCGACCUCGACGGCGUCGACGACGUGACCGUCGUCUCCGCGUCCUUCACGAGCGCGGGCUGCGCCGUCCGCGUCGCCGAUGCAAACAACGCCGAGCGCGCGUUCGAGCUCAAGUUCUCCCGCCUCUUCCGCGUCGUGGACCCGAGCCUCUGCCGCGUCGUCGUCAAGGACCGGGGCCGCUUCGUCGUCAAGCUCCGGAAAGGCGACGCGUCCGUCGAGUGGGGCGCGCUCGUCGAGGACGGCGCCGCGGACGACGAGCCGCUCAUCGAGAACCUCGACGAGCCGCCCGCGGACCCCGUCAAGGAGAGCAUGGACGAGCAGAACGCGCGCCUCGCCGACGUCCGGAGGAAGCGCAACGCGGCGCUCGGCGACGCCGCGGCGGCGGCGGGCGCCGAGCUCACGGAGCUCGUCCGGUCCAAGGCGCCGCUCGCCGCCGUGCGCCAGUGCCUCGAGAACGCGAAGCGCGCGGGCGCGGACCUCGCGCGCUACCGGGGCCGCAACGAGUACACGCUCCUCCACCUCGCGGCCGACGAGCGCCGCGCGGACGUCGCGCGGCUAUUGUUGGAGCUCGUCGCGGCCGACGUCGACGCGCGCGACAUGCGCGGCCCUGUGCCGAAUUCAACCACUGGUUUGGGUGGUCCUGACCAAACUUGA